AUGGGCAGCAGAGCAUCUUUUCCGGUAUCAGAGGUCCGAGUAAUCAUGGUCACUGAUGCAAACUGUGGACUUGGGUACCAAAUAGCUAAAUCGGCUGAGAUGAUGGGGGCUACUGUCAUUUUGGCUUGCAGAUCUGCGGAUAAAGCAAGAGCAGCAAUGGAGAAAAUGCAUGAAGAGUUUAAAGAAGAGAAAACAAGAGGGACACCAAAUCUGACUGAAAAAUCUACAUUAUGUCUUGAAUUUUUGAAGGUUGAUUUAGGGCCAUUCAAAUCCGUUGCACAAUUCUGUGAGGACUUCAAGAAAACUGGUCGUCUGCUUCAUGUUUUGGUUUGUAACGCCGGUAUAGCACCCAUACCAUACAUGAAAAGUGACGAUGAUCUUGAAAUGAUCUUAACUCCUAUUCACGGAGCUACUUGUGCUAUUGACUUGGUAGUUAAUCCAAAACAUGCUGGAGUGUUUGGUCUAUACUGGGAAGACUGCAAGAUCAAGGAACCUUCUAGAUUGUCUAGAGACGAAGAGAAACAGGAGGCGUUGUAG